CUGCUCCAGGAAUCAUGAAGGAGGAGGAAGCUCCAAGGGGUGCUUCUCAGACCUGCAGGCCAGAGGAGACCACUUGGAAACGAAGCUGUUUAUUUUAACUUUUAGCUCAAAGGAUGAAGAGAGAGGGCAUUGUCUUCCAUUGAAAGAUGCCGAAAAUUCAUUAAAAAAAAACACCAAAAAACAAAAAACAAAAAACCUGAGCGUGGUCAGAUGUUUAAAGUAAGGCCCGGAGUUUCCAGCACGCUCUGAAGUGCCGGCAGAACGCGAGUGCAACGGGGAACCUGUGCUGGGGAAGGGCGGGCGUAGGAGCCCUAUCAGCAGUUAAGAGGACAGGCGGGGGAGGCAUCCAUCCGUUUAAUGCCCAGUCACUUCGGGGUGCCGCAGAGUCGCCCGAAAUCUUCCCGCCGGGAACCUGCAGGUCCAACGCACCUGGAGGAAGCUCCGGGUCCACGCCCAGAGGGCGCUGCAGACUGGCGGCCACAGUCCAGGAUCAACUACCUCCCUUCCAGCCCCUCUCCCGGACAGCUCCUCAAUGCCCUGGGCCAGGACGGAAGCGGGUGCACCCGGGCCCCCACUACCCGGGAGCGGCGGAGCUGAAACACCGGGAACCCCGAACCGCAGGGCCCGCGGCUCAGGAGACCAGCGAGACUCUAACCCGGAGGCGGAGCUCGGCGGGAGAGGUGCCGGCAGGAGCGGAGCUGAGUCGGAAGGAAUCCAGCAGUAGACAGUGGACUACGGCCGGCGGACGCCACAGCCCCAUCCCAGGACAGCCAUACACGGGGCAUCGUCCAAGGGAGUCGAGCGCAGCGCACCCGGAGGUGCCGGCUCCAAGCUCCGAGCAUCCGCGCAGAGCCGACCCGCGCAGCCCGCCGCGCCCCGCCGCCGGUCCGGACAGCAUGAGGCGCCCGGCGCUCUGCUUCUGGCUCUGCGCUCUGGCGCUGCGCCUGCAGCCGGUCCUCCCGCAAAUCCUGGCAACGAAUGUGCCACCCGAAGAUCAGGAUGGCUCCGGGGACGACUCUGACAACUUCUCUGGCUCGGGUGCAGGUGCUCUGCAAGACAUCAUCUUGUCCCAGCGGACCCCCUCCACCUGGAAGGACCUGGCACUGCUGACGGCCACGCCCACAGCUCCAGAGCCCACGGACAUCGGUCCCGUCACUGCCUCCACCUCCACCCUGCCAGCCGUUGAGGAGGACAAGGAGAGAGACACGGUGUUUCUGGCCAAGGUGGAGCCUGGCUUUACCCCCGAGGAGAAGACUGCCCUCCCACCCAGUGAGACCACGCCACACCCAACCACCCACCGGGUAUCAACAACAAGAGCCACCACUGCCCAGGCACCUGUCACCUCCCAUCUCCACCAAGACAUGCAGCCUGACCACCCUAAGACUUCAGCUCCCAAAGGAGCUGGCCAGCUCGACCCUCACAUGCCCAGCGUGGAGGACGGGGGUCCUUCUGCCACCGAAAGAGCAGCUGAGGAGGAAACUGCCACCCACUUCUCAGCGGGGGAGGGCUCUGGGGAACAGGACUUCACCUUCGAUGUGUCCGGGGAGAUCACAGCUGAGCCUGUUCUGGAAGUCGGCCCUCGGAAUGGGCCCCAGCCGGAUCCCGGGGCCUCCCAAGGCCUCCUGGACAGGAAGGAAGUGCUGGGAGGGGUCAUCGCCGGAGGCCUGGUGGGGCUCAUCGUUGCCGUGUGCCUGGUGGGCUUCAUGCUGUACCGAAUGAAGAAGAAGGACGAGGGCAGCUACUCCUUGGAGGAGCCGAAACAAGCCAACGGUGGGGCCUACCAGAAACCCAGCAAGCAGGAGGAGUUCUACGCCUGACGGGAGCGGUCCUCCCCCGCCCCCCGCCACUCGCCAGGCCCCCACUUGCCUCUUCCGUGAAGAACUGCAGGCCCCGUGUCCCCUGGGGCCGUGCCACCUCCCCAACACUCCCAGUCCCUCCAGACCACUCCCUGCAGAGUUCUGGGGCAGGCUGGGGGCUCGCCUCUGCUUCUUUGACUUCUUCCCGGAGACUGGGGCGCGAGGGCUUUCCGCAUCUGACCUUCCCACCGCAGCCAGCACCUGGCAUUGUGCCAUUCUGACUCAGUUUCUCCACCCUGGAACAACUGCUUUGGACCUGGCCAGCUCGCAGUGUCCGGGAGACGCUGGGGCCGAGAGCUGACACGUUGGUGGCACUUGGUGGUGGAGAUGGACAGGCUCUACGGCGUGGAUGGCUGAGUGGCGGGGAGAGGCGUUCGGGGCUCCACCCGAGUCCACAGUUUUGUGGGGAGGUCUAACUUAGAUGCCAACUUGUUUUUGCACAUGUUUUCUCUAGUUUCUUUGUUCAUAGCCCAGUAGACUUUGUUACUUUUGAGGUAAGUUAAAUUGAUUUGGUUAAUCUCCCAUCUUGCUUCCCUAAUCUACGGUCAGGAUGCAGCAUCAGGGUUAAGAAGACUUUUUUUAAAACUAGGAGAACCAAAUCUGGAAGCCAACAUAGUGUGUGUGUUGUCUCCUGAGUUUGUCACUCACGUGUGCAACAGGGUAUGGAAUGUCUGGGUGGCCCCGGCGGCGGUCCAGCCGGCCUCGGCUGCCAUGGGCAGUCACUUCUUUUGAGCUGGCGUGCCUGUGUCCAUGAACCCAGGGCCGGGGCCUGGGCCUGGGCUGCUGCGACAUUGAGGAGCCCACGUGAGAUUUGAGUUCUGGGACCUCAGGCUGGGGACAGAGAUGACUGGGCUGAGAGGUGGCAGUGGGCCCAGAGAAUCUCCCACAGAGCGAGUUCUUCCUUUGACACCAUCUCUGGAGACACUUUCUCCUGGCAGGUGGCGAGAGGGGUCCCGGCACACCUGGCACUGAGCUGCUCCCCAAAGGACCAGGCUCACCUUUGAUUAGCUCCUGUGGCCCCGUCUGGGUCUGGAAUCAGGAAUUUUCCAAAGAGUGAUAGUCUUUUGCUUUUGGCAAAACUCUACUUAAUCCAAUGGGUUUUUCCCUGUACAGUAGCUUCUUCAAAUGUAAUAAACUUUAAUAUAAAGUAGUCACGUGAACUCUGCUGCCUUUGCCUCUCUGCCAGCCCGGUGGAUGUGACCAGCCUUCUCUCUGAACACAGCGAUACCGUGACGCGGAGCACUGGCCUUCCUCAUCCCUGCGGGGAGGGACUCUGGGGCCAGAGUCUCUCUGGUAGGUUGGUUUUUUGCCUCUGCUAAUGGUCUUCAGCAGGUCAGCAGGUUCAGCCAAGGUCGUGCAAGCCCUGACGCCAGUGUCUCUGUCCCCAAGCUCAAAGCACCGUCUCCCAAACGGUUAGUGAAGCUGUGAGGCCCCAGCACAGCCUGGCCUGAGGCCUCAGGCCCACAAAGGGCAGAGCCGAGGCCCACCCCUCAGACACCUUUGUAGGAGCAGAGGCCCCCAGCCUAGGGCCUUCUGGGAACUCCUGUCUCUAUUUAAUUUGACAACGUUCCAGCUUUUCCGUUGGCCACUCCGAGGAGGGGGACAUCUGUGACUCAGACACACUGCCAAUGAAGGGAACCUGUGCCCCGUGUUCAAUGCUGGGACUUUCUGCCCAGAACAUAUGACUGGACAUGACUCGGGGAUGGGAAAGGGGUCUGCGACCGUGCUCAUCCCCGCUGGUCCCUGGGACAGUGCCAAGCCUGUGGCCGGGCCCAUUCAUGUCACUUGAAUAAAUGGUACUUGUUACUCUGG